AUGACUCAUUAUCAAAAUAUUCUUACCGGUCGAUAUGAUGUUGAUUUGAACGAAACUAUCAAUGAAAGUGACUGGGAAAAUAUCACACAAGAUGAGCCCAUUGAUCCUGUAAAUAUCGAUGAUCGUGACCUUCCAAAUUACGGCUCACCUUCAGCUAGUGAUACUGAUGAUUUGCCUAAUGCCGAGGAAUCAGGAGAUAAUGUUCCAUUUGAGGUAUCAUCUAGUGAUGAUGAUUUUUUAAUGCCCAAUCGGUCGCCAAGACCAAUGUCCAUGAGUCCUUUUUGUAAUCAUGAAAUUCCUUAUCUGGAUCAUCUCCAAGAUGGUCCAGAUAUCUUUGGCGAUACAUAUGAUGAAUAUACAUCACAACAUACAUGGGGUGAACCGGAAGAUUUCAUGAAUGGUGCUAUUUAUAUUGAAAAAGGCAUGUUGUUCAAUUCAAAGAAGCAGUUGCAAAGAGCAGUUAAGCUUCUACAUUUAAAGAUAGCGAGGGAGUACUUUGUUAUUAAAUCGACAAAGAAAUCAUGGCGACUUGUUUGCAGGCGUGUAGAACAAGGAUGUCAAUUUAGGCUAACUCCUUUUAAUGAUAAACAUACUAACAUGUGGAAAGUUGGAAGAUACAUUAAAGAACAUACAUGUGAUAUGGGUACGUGCCGCGAUGGACAUUUCAACUUGGAUGUUGAGAUGAUUACUAACGUCCUUCGUGUUGAUAUAGAAAAAACGCCGAGGUUUCCCAUCAAAGACUAUCAAACAACGGUUCUUAAAGCAUAUGGCAUUUCGAUAAGCAGAAGAAAAGCAUAUCUUGGUCGCAAGCGUGCUUUUGAAAAAGUCUAUGGUACUUGGGAGGGUUCUUUUUCCGAGUUGCCGAGGUUCAUCGAAGCUUUGAAACACUUCAAUCCCGGAACAAUAGUUGAAUGGGAAACAGAGCGACGUGUCGAUGUCAUUGAAGAUGUAUUCAACUAUGUGUUCUGGAAUUUUAAACCAUGCAUUGAUGGGUUUGUGUUUUGUCGUCCUGUUAUAUCGAUCGACAGAACACAUGUCUAUGGAAAAUAUGAUAUCAAGCUGUUGAUUGCGAUUGCAACGGAUGGUAACGGCUCAAUAUUACCUUUGGCAUUUGCAAUAGUUGCGAAUGAGAGCAUGGAGACAUGGAGUUUAUUUUUGGAUCAUUUGCACUUGCACUUUGUCAAGGGUCGUCGAGGUGUGGCAUUGAUUUCAGAUAGGCAUCACAGAAUACUCUCAUCCGUGUAUAAUUCUCCCAAUUGGCAGGCCCCAUUUGGGUUCCAUCGUUUUUGUUUAAGACAUUUGAAGGCCAAUUUUCAAAAAAAAUUCAAAAAUGUCAUUUUAAACAACCUUUUAUGGGAAGCUGCAAAUCACUGUAAGGAGAAAAAGGUUUUGGAAAAAAUGGAGAUGAUCAAGGAGAUUAACCCGGAAGCGUAUGUGUGGUUAAUGAAGAACGAUCUUAACAAAUGGACAUUGCACAGGGAUGGAGGUAGGAGAUGGGGCAUGUUGACAACAAACAGUUCCGAGUCAUUCAAUGGUCUUCUUAAGUCAGCCAGGGGCCUGCCAGUUACUGCAAUGGUAAGACUCACUUACAAUCAGAUUGUGAACCGAUUUGUUACAAGAUCAAAAUUUGUCAAUCAGCUAGUACAACAAAAGCAACAAUGGAUGCCUAAACCAUUCAAGAUUUUUUAG